AUGACGGAUUUAUCCAGCACAAGGGAGGACGCCCAAAUCUUGUUUGCGCGGCUUCUGUCGGGCUACGGCCGGGACGCGUCGCUCAAUGCCAAGGAGCGCAAGGCGCCCGGGUCUGUGGCGGCCGUGCAGCUCCCGGGGUCGCCCGUCGUUGGCUCACGCUGCGGGAGCGAAGCAGAGGACGACACGGGGACGCCCUUCAGCCGCCGCAGCGACCGGACGGGCAGCGAGCCGGGGGAUGUCGAGCUCAUGGAGCGGUCGGGCGGCGGCGGCGGCGAGUACAUGGCCAACGGCGGCGCGGGUGAGCGGGGGCUGCGGCCGUGA